AUGCCCGUGGACCCUGACUUCGAUCGCGAAGACCGCGAAGACCGCGAGGAUGCCCCCUUCCUCGCCUCCUCCGUAUCCGCGCCCCUCGACAGCGCCCACGACCACAAUGGUCCUGCGAAGCCCAACUCGCUGCCAGCAGAGAGCAAUGUGUCUGCCAGCCAGAUCAGCUUCCGGCUGAAGCUCAUUCUCUUCGCCAUGGUGCUGUCUGUCGAGAUUGGCUUCGCCUUUCUCGAGGGCCCCAUGGUGCGCGUGAUGGAGUCCAUUGCCUGUGGCCAGUACUAUACCGAGACGGAUCCGACCAAGAUUGGCGCCAACGGGCAGGUGCCGGAGGAGAUGUGCAAGCUCGCCGAAAUUCAAGCGGAAUUAGCGGCGGUUAAGGGGUACCAUAUGUUCUUCGAUGGGUUAUUAAGCGCGUUGAUGGCCAUUCCCUACGGUCUGCUGGCAGACCGCCGCGGCCGCAAAUCGACCCUCGUCCUCGGUAUCCCCGGCUUCUUCUUGAACUCGAUUAUCACUGUCGCAGUCCUGUGGUUCUCGGAUAUAUUUCCAUUGAGGGCCAUUUGGCUGUCCUCGCUGGCAUGGUUGAUAGGUGGUGGACCCGUCGUGUCAUUUGCCAUCAUUUGGACGAUGAUGGCUGACGUCACCAGCGAGUCGGAAAGAGCUGGGCUAUUCUUCCAGUUUGCCAUUGUGUCCAUGGGGGCCGACUUUGUCACCAGCGCUCUUGCUUCAUGGCUCAUGACGAUGGACCCCUGGGCCCCGCUAUUGAUUGGAUAUACCAUUGUUCUCGGCGGCCUGAUGUUUAUUUUAGUACUGCCCGAGACAAAGCAUGCAAUUCCGUCCCAUGGUGCCGAGCCAUCCAAUGUGGAGCUCUCUGAGUUAUCGGAGGAGUCCGACCCAAAGUACCCCUCCCGCAAGCCCGAGGAAGCUGGGCUGUAUCAUGGCCAGAGCGAUCUGGACGUGGACCAUGAACACGAAGCUCAUUUAUCCUGGAGCUACCCGACCCCGCAACGCCCAUCCUUCUGGGCCAAAUGCCGUGCCAAUUACCGGUUCUACGUGAAACCCUAUCUCUUCAUCCUCAACCGGAAGCCGGUGCUUCUCCUUCUGACGGCCUUCUUGGUAUAUCGUCUUAGCCGGGGCUCAUCUUGGUUUUUGACGCAGUAUAUUUCAACGCGGUAUCAUUGGACGCUGGCACAGGCCAACUUGCUUGUGGCGUCUCGGCCUACGGUGUCUAUACCCGUGUUUCUGUGGGGCCUCCCCUGGCUGAAGAAGCAUGUUUUAAACCCUCGACGCACGCCUACCGAGAAAGAUCUCUGGCUAGCACGCGCGAGUGUCUUGUGCCUUACUCUAGGCACUCUGGGUAUCGGCCUAUCUCCAUCCCUGGCCACGCUCAUCCCGAGUAUGAUUCUUCAAACAUCAGGAUCGGGCUUCGUAUUCCUUACCCGCUCGAUCAUCACCACCCUAGUCGAGCGCGACGAAACUGCACGCCUGUAUACCGUCAUUGAAAUUAUCCAGUCCUUCGGCAACGUUGUGGCCAGUCUGUCAAUUACGACGGUCUUCCAGCUUGGACUGCGACUCGGGGGAUUUUGGAUUGGACUGGCCUGGAUGAUGACCAGUUCGUUGUUUUGCAUGGUGGCCGCCGCGAUCUGGUGGUUCCAGCUGCCACCCACACCACACGACCCAGAGUUUGUGGUGGGGGAGUUUGAGGAGGGGAUGGAUGCGUAA